UCUUCACUAGAGGGAGAUUCAAACACUGUCGCAGAAAUGGAGGGGGAGAGGGAGAGGGAGAGGGAGAGUCAGAGUCAAUUGAUACUAAGUUGUAAUUUUAAAGAUUUAAGUUAUGAAAACGCUGUAGCAAAUAGCAAAGAAGAUUGUUCUCAACUUGAUUCUUCAAGCUGUCGAGAAAGUGAAAACAUAUCCAACGUGGCUGUUGCCACGCAAUGUACUGUCGACGAGAAAACGGGCUGUGAGCAACCUCCAAAACCAGAGUUAAUGAAAAGACUAUCUGGGUGGAUGGUACAUAAUAAUUCGAUGCCUGUUAGUGAAGGUUCAAAGGAAUUGGACAAUAAGGAAAACGGCACAGACUCUGUAGUAUCGGAGACAUCACGGGCGAUUGUGUCAAUUUGUCACAGUGAUUUGCUAAACGGUCAGACCGCUAACAUCCCAGACCACCCAAAUGAAGAUGGCCUAUCACCUCAAAGAGAAAGUCCGAAUUAUGAUUCCGAGGUCUUACGGAAAGCCAAGGAUGAAGGUGUGGUUGACGUGCUCUUCUCUGGAUAUGUCACGAAAGAAACUUGCUGCAAGUUUGUUUGUGAAAUCCUCAAGUGUGUACUCUACCAACGACAGCAGCUGCCAAUGACCUAUGAUCAACUGAAGUACCACCAAAAGCAGCAGCAGGCAUCUACACAGGAAGGAGACAUUGUGGGCUGGAGGCCACCGAGAGCUGCUGGGGGUCUGGACUGGAGGAAAUGCCAGCGCACGCUGCAGGACCUGGAUGAGUUGGUGGGCCAUAUGGAGGUGCUUUUCUCUCUGACAAUGGUUCCCCGCGUGCUGCUAGUUUUGGGGGGCUCUCUGGUUCUACCCAAAGAGCUGUAUGAGAUCAACAUGGAGGAGGUGGCUCUAAGCACUGGGGAUGCCUGCCUCCGCGCAUCUGUGUGCCUGCGGAAGAUCUUCCGCACUCUCUUCGUGGCUGAUAUCUUGACGGACGCGCGGCCCGUUCACCUUCUGACCACAACGCUCAUGGCGCUGGGGCACAGAGACUGUGGUGUGUCUGUGUUUAGACCCAAGUUGGAUUUCAAGAUGCCUACACGAGUAAAAAGACAAGUCAUCAAUAUAGCUUGUGAUGUAGAUGGAGUACCACAAUCAAACUCAAUAGACUGGGGGGACUAUGUGUGGUUUCAAGCACCCAUAACCAUCAAGGGGUUCUGCAAAUGAUAAUUCAACGAGAGAUGCCUCAAAUUGUAGUUAUAAGUUCUAACUUAAAAUGUCUGGAUUCUUCAUGGUGCUGGUUAGGGCUAGGAACAUAAUUAAGGGAAAAACAUAGAGAUACUCAGGAUCUUGUGUCUGUUCAGUUCCAUGACUUUUUUUUUUUUUUUUUUUUUUAUUAAAUUAAAUGCUAAAUGUAUUUUUUUUUAUCUCUAAACUUAAUUUCAGGACUUGUAGACUUUUUAGACAGUGUUUUAGAAUAGUACUGUCAUCUGAUAUGAGGAUAAGAUGAGCACAAAGCCUAUUCACUGUUUUAACCCUGUAUAUUUAGUCAUUUUACACAGGCUAAGGUUAAGAUAUACUUAUGUUUGCACCUUAAGACACAUUUAUACAGCUUAACCCUUUCAUGUCAACAAGGACUUUCUACCCUCAACUAUAAAGUUGUUGAUGGCUACAAAUGGAGACUAUUGUAUAUACCUCAAUAAACUGUCAGAUUGUAUAAUUAUAAGAUGGAAAUGUGGCAGAGUGCAUCUAAGUGCAUCUAAACUAGCAUGGUGGUAAAGACAGGUGCAAAAACUAAACUGUGGUUUGUCAUGCCUGAUUUUUCACAUCACUGUUCUUGAAGUUGCACCCAAGAUUAACACUUCUCUAAGGUCCCAGUGGUGACCUUUGAACUUGAGAUUUGUCCUGAGUUAUGUAACCUUGUUGUGACUCUAUAGAUUGUGUGUGUGUGUAUAUAUAUGUGUGUGUUUCAGUUAUGAAUUGUGUUAGUUUGAAAGUGGUGAUAGUCUUGCAUUAUUAAAGCAUCAGAGGACAAUUUCA